UUCAAGGAAUAGGAGCAAUCUUAUUUUUUACCACUCUUAAACAUGGCAGCGUACAUGAUGAAAAAUUCUUCGAUUUGGAGAGCUUUGAUCUGGCAGCAGAAACAAAUGAAGCUCUCAUGGCCUGAUAUAAGAGUAGUCCAAUUGUGUUCACAUGCCCAACCCCAAGAAGUGACCCCUGAAAGUUCACUGGAAGGAGAAACAAGGAGAGAUACGGUUGAUGAGUCCUUGAACCAUGAUGACUUCUUUGGUGUCAGCAAACUUUUCACCAGGACAGAACUCUUUGAAUCGCGAGUUCACUUGGGCCACAAAGAAGGUCUCUUGGACCAGCGUAUGAAGAAAUACAUGAUUGGAACACGACGAGAGCAAUGCAUUAUGGAUCUUGACCAGACAACGCCACUCUUAAAUAGCGCCCUCAAUUUUACUGCAAACAUUGCCUAUCGUAAUGGCAUCAUCUUGUUUGUGAACCGAGUGCCCCAGUUUGCUCAUGCGGUUGAGGAAAUGGCCCGAGCAUGUGGGGAGUACGCCCACACUCGACACUGGCAGAAAGGAUGCUUCACUAACGCUCAGAUCCAGAUGGGACCAGGUACACGCCUCCCGGACCUUAUCAUUUUCCUCAACACCCUCAAUGAUGUUUUCAGUCAACACCAAGCGGUCAUAGAUGCAGCUAAAAUGAACAUCCCCACAAUAGCGGUGGUGGACUCAAAUUGUAACCCGAACCUCAUCACUUAUCCUAUUCCAGGAAACGAUGACACACCAGUAGCUGUAGAACUCUUCAUGAGAUUAUUCAAAGAAUCUGUGUUACUUGGUAAACAGAAGAGGAAGGAACUUGAGGAAACCCCUGUAUGAGUUAUACGUCAUUCAAGAAAACACAAUCUUAUUUGUAUUAUCUUUCUUGUGGUUGCAAUGUGAAAUUCUAGCCAAGGUACUAAUAUCCGAGUAUUGGAACAUUCAGGAAAGAACCUAAAACCGAAUAUAUCCAAACAAGGACAUCUGGACCCUAAGCAGCAGAAAAAUUUUUCAGGCUAUAUUGUGGUCGCUCAUACUCGUUCUGACUGCUCCCAUCGACAACCCCCAUUUCUCAAAUUUUUCAAUUGAGGACAUGCAUGUAACUUUAUUUUUCAUGUGUACCUAACAUUUUUUUUUUAUACAAUUCAAUUUACAACUUUUUUUCUACUCACUGAAAACAAUAAUGAGGAAAAAUGUUGACAUUUCAUUUUGUGAAUAUUAAUUUUACUUACAAAAGAUUGCUUUGCUGUUCACUGUAUGCCCAGAAUACCUUGUAAUAAAAGCACAUGAUCUAUCAGAAAUUGAAGUUAAUUCACUUCUAUUGGGAGUAUCCCCAUAACCUAGGAGAAAACAACAGUUUUUUCUGAAUGUGCCAGUCGUGAAGGUCAUGUUUAGUCAAAACUACACGCUUCAUUUUCACUAAUUUAAGAAGUCUUGAAUUUAAAAAGGUAACCAUCUCUCUGAUAGUGGUUUGAAUCUGUACAUUAAUGCUACUAUGUAAUAGAGUAAUAAGUUCACUUUGACUUGACUACAGUAUUUGCAAUCAUUUCUAGCUAGUUGUCAUGUGGAGGAUGUUCUUAAUUCCUAAUAGCAAAUAUGUUCAGUUAUUGCAAAUAAAAGGAAUAGGAGAGAGAAAUCAGAAAA